ACUAAUAACAGAAAGAUAAAUUAUUAUAAUUUAAUAAAAUUUUAUCAAAUAAUGCUGCAAUAAAGUGAUAACUACACAAGAUCUUCUAAAGAAAUAUAUUUAAUAGUGAAUUUAUUUGCAAUGGAUAUAUAAGAUGUCAUCACAACAAAAUGAAAAUCAGAAUACUGGAAGGAGUAACAAUAGCUCAAAUCAAUUAGCGAAAUCUUCACAAAGAAUUCUAACUUCAUCUUCAUCUGAAAUGAAAGCCAGUUCAAUGAAAAAUAAUCUUACUGAACUUAAACGAGGAAUCUCUGAAAUGAAAAAUAUUUCAACUAAUUUUCAAAGACUUCGUAGUAGUAUGGAAAAUUUGGUGGAUAGAGAUGGAAGUACAGUACAAGAAGCUGAUGUAUCGGAACCCCUUGUGACGUUUCCAGAACCAGAUACCCCACCACCAUCGACAAAUACGAUUAAUUUAACAAAAGCAGCACAAUCACAAUUCAGCCCCUUAAAUACUCUGAAUUCUUUCAAUCAUUUGAGUUCUCCAUUAAAUCUAUCAAAUAUACAAACUAUUACAAAUCAUCCAACAGCUUCAGAGAUGAUGAAAUUCGAACAGAAAAAAAUAUCAAGUGCAUCAAAAUCAAAGCUUGUUACAGAGAGAUUUACUACUGAAAAAGAAAUUGCAAAUAGGGCAGAAAUUAAAGCUUUACAAGCAGGUGAAGUAUCCUAUACAGAACAGAAUACUGCAAUUGCUGCUAGAGCACGAGUUGAAUUGGAUGGACUUUCAUCUGAAAAGUGUACCACUAUAGCAAAGGAACUUAGACAUUUGAAAUCUACUGAUAUUUCACUUGAAGAAAGUAAUAAUAUAGCAUCUACAAUGAAACUGCAAAGUGAUUCCUACACUUCGGAAAAGAAUACCAUUGCUGCCCAACAGCAACGACAAACUCUAACAUCAAGUGGUAUUUUUAAUCAGGAAAAACAUGGUGCAACUAGUUUACAAUCGAGUAUUACUAUAGCGUCAACAGCUUCAGCUGUUACAAAUACUACUAAAUCAAUGUCACUUUUGAAUGUAACGAAUACUGUUAGUCAAUUAAUGAAUAAUAAUAUAGUGAAGCUGACAGAUGUAAUUGUAGAUGAAUUGCUUCUAGAAUCUUUAGAUGAUCUUGAUACUUUAUCUUCGAAUUCAAAAGCACAUAAUGUAGAAUUAACUAUUUCAAAAUAUUCACAAUUUUUAAGUAAUUUGAUCGAACGAUUAACAGCAAAUGAAAGCAAAAUUGAUUCAAAUAAAGGAAAUACACCGUUACUACUUGAUCGAGCUAAUGAAAUUAUUAGAAAAGCAUGGGCUGUUCCUACCCAUGGUCAUGAACUUGGUUAUAGUUUAUGUAAUACGUUGCGUGUAAGAGGUGGUCUUGAUUUUCUUAUAGCAAAUUGCAUAGCCAAUGAUGAACGAUUACAAUUUUCAUCAGCGCGACUACUUGAACAGUGCUUGACUACUGAAAAUCGAACACAUGUAGUAGAAAAUGGUCUUGAAAAGGUUGUAAGUGUAGCAUGCGUGUGUACUAAAAAUACCAAUUCUGUAGAACAUGCUCGUAUUGGAACAGGUAUUCUUGAGCAUCUUUUCAAGCAUAGUGAGGGUACUUGUAGUGAUGUGAUCAGAUUAGGUGGCCUUGAUGCUGUUCUUUUUGAAUGUAGAAAAAAUGAUGUUGAAACUUUGAGGCAUUGCGCCGGUGCUUUAGCAAAUCUUUCAUUAUAUGGAGGCGCUGAAAAUCAAGAAGCUAUGAUAAAAAGAAAAGUGCCUAUGUGGCUUUUCCCACUAGCUUUUCAUAACGAUGAUAAUAUAAAGUAUUAUGCUUGUUUAGCUAUUGCUGUUCUCGUAGCUAAUAAAGAAAUCGAAGCAGCCGUUUUAAAAUCUGGCACAUUAGAUUUAGUUGAACCAUUUGUAACUUCACAUAAUCCUUAUGAAUUUGCAAAAUCAAACUGCGCCCAUGCUCAUGGGCAAAGUAAAAAUUGGUUAGAACGUUUAGUACCAGUUCUUAGCUCAAAGCGAGAAGAAGCAAGAAAUCUUGCUGCAUUUCACUUUUGUAUGGAAGCUGGUAUAAAAAAACAACAGGGUAAUACUGAAAUAUUUCGUAUGAUUGGAGCUAUAGAGCCUCUUAAAAAAGUUGCAAGUUGUCCAAAUGCUAUUGCUUCUAAAUUUGCAGUUCAGGCUUUGAGACUUAUUGGCGAAGAAAUACCACAUAAACUUAGUCAACAAGUACCACUCUGGUCAAGUCAAGAUGUCCGUGAGUGGGUAAAACAAAUAGGUUUUACUGAAUAUGCCAAAAAUUUCAUUGAAAGUAGAGUAGACGGUGACCUUUUACUUCAACUUACCGAAGAUAAUCUUCGAGAAGACAUAGGUCUUACUAAUGGUAUAAGAAGAAGAAGAUUUACGAGAGAGUUACAAAAUCUGAAGAAAAUGGCUGAUUAUAGUAGUAAAGAUUCAGGAAAUUUGAAUAAUUUUUUACAAUCAAUUGGACAAGAGUUUUCUAUUUACACAUAUAGUAUGCUGAAUGGUGGUGUUGACAAGGAUUCCAUUAAGAAUUUAACCGAAGAUCAGCUUCUUACUGAAUGUGGAAUAAUUAAUAGCAUACAUAGGUUGAGAAUAUUAGAUGCUAUUAAAAAUACUCAACACAAUCAAUUUAAUCCAUGUGAAAAUGAAUUAUCGGAUAAAUCACUUGAUGUUUUUGUAAGUUAUAGAAGAUCAAAUGGUUCACAAUUAGCUAGUUUGCUAAAAGUACAUUUACAAUUACGCGGGUUUUCAGUUUUCAUCGAUGUAGAAAGACUAGAAGCUGGAAAAUUUGAUAAUAAUUUAUUACAGAGUAUUAAACAAGCUAAACAUUUUUUAUUAGUUCUUACACCUAAAGCUUUAGAAAGGUGUAUAGAUGAUUCAGAGUGUAAAGAUUGGGUACAUAAGGAAGUUGUUGCUGCAUUACAAUCGCAAUGUAAUAUUAUUCCAAUAAUUGAUAAUUUUCAAUGGCCCGAACCAGAAGAACUCCCCGAGGAUAUGAGAGCAGUUUGCCAUUUUAAUGGCGUUAGAUGGAUUCAUGAUUAUCAAGAUGCUUGUGUUGAUAAACUUGAAAGAUUUAUGCGAGGUGAAAUUCCAGUUAGGUGUGAUAUAUCUACCAGUAUUUCCCGAAGUAUGGGUUCUAAAGAUGUUACUCCAGGUACGCCAAAUAGUUCAAGUAUACGCCAAGCACCUAAUUAUCAACGAAUGCCUAGUACUGAAAGCCGUAACAGCGAUAAAGAGUCUAUUAGUGGAAAAGACUAAUAAUAUUUCAACAUGAAAAUCCUGUCUAACAUAUUGUACAAUGUAUAAUGCCUAUUAAUUUUGUUCAGCAUAAUAAUGCAUAAUUAGAUAUAUAAUUAUGUUUAUUUAAAAUCUUAAAUAAAUUUUGAUCUACAAGAAAGACAUCUACAAUUACGUUAUUUAAAUUUUAUUCUUU